CCAAAUCACUGAUUAAUUCUACCAUUUUAUUCCUGGCUCAUCCUAACUCCCCUCCACCUUCAAAACAACCAUGAAGGUGAUUAGGCUAGUUCUCAUGCUGGCCAUAGCCAUGGCCAUAUCCAUAGUCCUAAUCACUGUUCCAAAGGGCACCCAAGCUGCCCAAAAACAACCCCUUUUGGAGAACAACAUCUCCACAGAAUUCGUUGAAGAAUCAGAAAACGUGUUUACCAGCAUCCCAACAAAAAGGAUCAGCCGUUUUCUUGCAGCUCAUGAUCAGAAGGAUCCACCUAAGAUCCCAAAAGAGCACACUUCCGGUUAUCAUAAUGGGAUGAAAAGGCCCCCUAAAGAACAUACUUCUGGUUAUCAUAAUGGAAUGAAGAGGCCCCCAAAAGAACAUUCAUCUGGUCAUCAUGACGGGAAGAAGCAGCCAAAAGAACAUACAUCUGGUCAUCAUGAGAAGAAGACGAAGCCACCGAAAGAACAUGGGAGAUCCGAUCAUUGCAAGAAAGAUCACGACAUUUGUGGCUUGGUAUUGCCUGAUGCAGAAAAUGCUACUUGUUGCAACAACAAAUGCGUGGAUAUUCAUUACAGCUCCAACAAUUGCGGAGCUUGUAAGAACAAGUGUUUGCAGCCCUUUGAGUCUUGCUGCAGAGGGAAAUGUGUCAAUCUGUCUAUGGAUAAGAGACACUGUGGAGCUUGCAACCAUCGGUGCAUGCCUGGUGGAUUCUGUUUCUACGGUGAAUGUGAUUACGCUUGAUUAAUUCGGAUUCGAAACGGAUCGGUUUUGUGUCGUUCGUGUUUUGGGACGUUGAUGAUCAAUUAUUAUUUACUACUAUUAAGGUUUGUUUAUUUUUAUUAUUCGUGACAAAUAAAAUAGACCAUAUUCCUGGAUUUGGUCCCUUUCCCUCACUCAAAGUAUACUAUAAAGUACGUGCGUAUCUAGGUUCAGAGUCUUGAUAUUUAUAUACAAUAAUCAAUAAUGUACUUCUCGAGUAAAAUGCUCAAGGACGAUUCAUUUGAAAUAUUUAUACGGUUGUAAGUGUGAUAAGAUAUGUUUGGUUAUACCAUUGUCCCUGUUUUGUUAUAUAAGAGGCAGACAU